AUGCCACCACCCAAACCAACUCCCAAUCCAUCACCUUAUCAAGAGCCAUUUAUCAGAGUUUUGGAUGAGGCAGCACUCAUCAACCAUGAAGAUGACCCGAACUACUACGCCAAGUACCCACGAUCUCUGCUAUCAGAGUCCACUGUUGACUCAUUCAUGACCGGGACUGGAGACGCCAUUUACCGAUCGCUUGUACCGCUCUUGGAAGCUACGAACCAUGAGCUCAUUCUGGUGACCUGCUUCUGGGCUCGUUCCUCCACCCUCGAAACAUUGAAUGCGCUCUUGCGCAAGCUGUCCGAAAAAGCGAUACGGCGCGGCACAGACAAGAUCAGAGUACGCCUGUGUUUUUCUUCAUCGUCGCUCUUUCAGAAGUUGUUCCAUAAGCAAUCGAUAUCGGGCCAAAUAUACUCAACUAGUUCAUGGACCAAGCAGUUUGGACUACCAGACCCGAGCGAACUUGGCGGUCUUGAUCUUCAGCUCAAAUCUAUAUUCAUACUACCCUUCUCCGUCAUGCACCCAAAGUUCAUGAUCAUCGAUCGCAAAGCCGUCGUGUUACCUUCCUGCAACAUCAGCUGGGAAGAAUGGUUCGAAGGCGCUAUAACAUUUACCGGCUCUACUGUUGAGGAAUUCGUCAAGUUCUACAAACAUUUCUGGUUACGAACGGAUAUGCCUGACCUCCCCGCAUCAACAACAUAUGACUCCAAGCUCGGACAGGCCGACACCACAGACACGCAGAAUCUCGACCACGGACACAUCGUCACCCGCUUUUCCACGGCAUCGAAACCUUCAACUGUCUCCAAAAUCCCCACAAUCUUCCUCCCCUCCCCUCACCGACGGAAUCCGCGUUUCCAUCCUUUCGCCUCAUCCUCCGCGAUCUCCGCGCCUCCAACCCCACUCAACGCCUUUGUCCUCACGCUGUUAGCCAAAGCGGAGAGAAGCAUACGCAUACAAUCUCCAAACCUUACCGCACCGCCCGUCCUCACCUCUAUACUAAAAGCUCUAGAACGAGGCAUAGACGUGCAGAUACUGACCUCCGAAAGACUCAUGAUACUAGAGCAGCUCGUCACAGCCGGGACUACAACCUCCCGCUGCGUCAAGACACUUGUCAAGCGCUACAAGAAGCUUGCGCGGAACAUAGUAGCGGGGCAGCGCCGUCCUGCGACUGAUGAAGAAGCCGCCAUCUCUCCGCCCCGGCUUGGCCGCCUUCAAAUUUCGUACUUCGAGCCCAUUGGCGGACUCAAAGGACGUGGCGAGGAAGGCGGUGAACCACAACAAAGCCAUCUGAAGAUGACGAUCGCAGACGGCGAGGUUGUGGUGUUAGGGUCAGGGAAUCUUGAUCGCGCGAGUUGGUUUACGAGUCAGGAGCUGGGGGUGGCGUUCUUUGAUAAGGGGCUUGUACAACAGGUGGAAAGUGUAUUGGAUCGGGCAAUGGAGGGGAGAGCGAGGGUUGUGUAUGAUAGCGCAGCGUGA